AUGAUUUAUUUUUAUGAUCGAUUAAAACGUAAUGAUAAUGACUUAUUGAUCGUUACUUCUCAUUAUGCAUUUUUGGCACAAGGUUUUAUUAUCGAUCAAGCACCAAUUGGACAAGAAGUAUUGGUUUUUGAUCAUGGCAAUACUAGUCCGUAUUACAUCGUCACAUAUGUUAAAGAUACAAUGGUUAUUGGAACAAAACAUUCAACUGAUAGAAGAGCUUAUUAUUUAACAUUACCCAGGUCGUGGCGGAGGUUGUUUAAUGCAAAUGCUUUAGUUAGUCACGUAAUGGGUUUUAUCAAACGUUCAAUGGAGGAUCAUAAAAAGGAAAAAAUUGCUAAAGCAAUUAACGAUGAUCAAGGCAAAGAUGAAGGUGGUAAAGGUGUUACCGGUAGUGCUACCACAUAUUUCAACUUCAACUGUUAAUCAUCUCUAUCAAGACGAAAUUUUUAUGGUACACCAAUAGUACAUGUAAAUCAUCUUGUGAAAAAAUUUGAUCCUGGUACAAUAGCUGCUAAUGAUGUCACAUUUGAUUUAUGUGAAAAUCAAAUCACAUCAUUACUUGGACCAAAUGGUUCUGGUAAAACAACAAUAUUUAAUUGUUUAAUUGUUAAUCUUCAAUCAUCAAAAGAUCUUUAUUGCAAUUCAUUGUCUGGUGGAAUGAAAAGACGUCUUUCAUUAGCAUGUGCUUUUGUUGGCGAUACAACAAUAAUUCUACUUGAUGAACCACCAAGUGGACUUGAUCCAUCGAAUCGUCGUUUAUUAUGGGAUUGGUUACGUUCAAUGAAAAAAGUAAGAACUCUUUUAUUAACAACACAUUUUAUGGAAGAAAGUGAUGCUUUAUCGGAUCGUAUUAUGAUUAUUGCGAAUGGUAAUAUUAAAGCAGAUGGAACAUCAGUUCAAUUAAAAGAACAAUAUGACUCAGUUAUUAAUAAACGAAAUAAUUGUCAUAUAUCAGAUGGUGAUGUAGUUUUUCGCACAAAUCAACAACGAAAUGACCAAUUUGUUCAAGCAUUACGUCAUCUUGAAGUUAUGCAAAAAAGAAAAUCGAACUAA